UAUCACAAUAUUCUAAUUUUCUGAGACAGUCCUGUCCGGGGCGGCUUUAGCUCAGUGGGGUAAGAGGGCCGUCCUGCAACCGCAGGGUUGUGGGUUCGAUCCCCGCUCUCCCCAUUAGUUGCAAGUCGAAGUGUCCUUGAGCAAGGCACUGAACCCCCACUUGCUUCCCGGGCGCUUCACCGCAGCCCACUGCUCCUUAAUAACUAAGGAUGGGUUAAAUGCAGAGAACUAAUUUCCCCUUGGGGAUUAAUAAAAGUGUAUAUUCUAUUCUAUAUUCUGUUUUAUAUUAUAGUAGGCACUGGCUUAAACACUUUUAUAUAUAUAUUGAUAUUACAUUACAUUACAUGUCAUUUAGCCGACGCUUUUAUCCAAAGCGACUUACAAUAAGUGCAUUUCAACCUAGAGUACAAACUAAGAACAACAAGAAUACAGGAAGUAACAUUUCCUCAACAUAGUCGAACUACAAAAGUACCAUAAGUAAGUGCUAUUUAAGAGCCACUGAAGUGCUAAUCUGUGUUUUAAUCCAGAUAUAGUCGGAAAAGGUGUGUUUUCAGUCUCCGACGGAAGAUGUAGAGACUUUCUGCUGUCCUGAUGUCAGUGGGGAGCUCGUUCCACCACUGAGGAGCAGGACAGCAAACAGUCUGGAUUUCGAGUGAUUAGCUCGAGGUGCAGGAGGCACGAGUCGAUUGGCUGUUGCCGAGCGGAGCGAACGUGCCGGGGUGUACGGUGUGACCAUAUCCCGGAUGUAGACGGGGCCCGAUCCGUUCAGAGCACGGUACCAAGGACCAGUGUUUUGAAGCGGAUGCGAGCAGCCACCGGUAACCAGUGAAGAGAGCGGAGGAGCGGAGUGGUGUGGGUGAAUUUCGGGAGGCUGAAGACCAGUCGAGCUGCUGCAUUCUGGAUGAGCUGCAGAGUUUUAGCAACAACGGAAGAAAAUGGCAGAGAGGAAGAGGGGGAUGAAGAGGAGAUCCAUCACCACCAGUGAGGGGAUCAGGAGUUCCCAGGUGGGUGUGGCGCCGUCCUGGGCUCCCAGCGGUGACUCUCUGAGGAGUGACAUGUCCAUGUAUAUGCCGGAUACGUUUGGUAAAGAGCCACAAAGGAUUUCCCAGGUGAGUGUGGCCCAGUCCUGGGCUCCCAGCGGUGUCUCUCUGAGGAGUGACAGGUCCAAGUCUACGCCGCUCACGUUUGCUAAAGAGCCACAAAGCCGGCCGGCUGAAGAACCGCCUCAGAAGAACCUCAGAAGAGACGCCGAGGACGAGGCCGGGCGCAGCAACUUUUUAAGAGCAAAGGAGAAUCUUAAAAAAGAAAUGCGGCGCAAGUUCACCUCGGCCCUCGAAGGCCUCGGCGACCGAGAGAACCUCCUGACCAGCAUCUACACCACGCUCUUCAUCACCGCCGUGGAGAGCGAGGGGCCCCACGAGGAGCGCUCCUUCAGGCACGCCAAACAACCUCAGCCUCCCGAGGAGUCCGUCAAGCUGCGUGACAUCCUGAAGCCGGCGCCGGGCCGAGAGACGCCGGUCAGAGUGGUCCUGACGAAGGGCGUGGCGGGAAUCGGAAAGUCCUUUUCUGUGCAGAAAUACAUUCUGGAUUGGGCCGAGGGACGAGAAAACCAGGACGUGGAUUUUGUUUUCAACCUGGCGUUCAGAGAGCUGAACCUGAGCACGGAGAACCGCAGCCUGCACAGGCUCCUGGCCGACUAUCACCCGGCGGUCCGAGAUCUGAAAGACCCGGAAGAUCUCCUCGCAGCCAAAGUUGUCGUGAUCCUGGACGGCCUGGACGAAGGCAGGUUUCAGCUGAACUUCAGAGCCGAGCGAGUGAGAUCCGUCAGUGAAGCAACAUCUGUGGGUAACCUCGUCGAAAACCUCGUCCGGGGGGACCUUCUGCCGGACGCUAAACUCUGGAUAACGUCCCGUCCGGCAGCAGCCAAUCAGAUCCCUGCAAAGUUCGUCGACGUGGUGACGGAGAUACGAGGGUUCAGUGACCAACAGAAAGAAGAAUACUUCAGGAAGAGAUUCGGUCCGGACGAGGCUCUCGCCGACAGGGUCGUGUCACACAUGCGCUCCUUGCAGAGUUUCGACAUCAUGUGCCAGAUCCCGAUCUUCUGCUGGAUCGCCGCCGUAUUGUUCAAGGAGUUCUCCGGGGGAGACGAGAAAGCCGAAACCCAUCAAACUCUGACGGAGAUGAUGGCGCAUUUGUUGAUCACCCAGACGCGAGUCACAAGCAGAAAGUACCACCAGAAGACACACAGGGAGUUCCUUCUGAAACUCGGCAAGCUCGCCUUUGUUCAGCUGCAGAAGAACAACCUCAUCUUCUACGAGGAAGACCUGGAGGAAUGUGGCAUUGACGUACAAGAAGCAACCGUCUACUCUGGAUUUUGCACCAUGAUUCUUCGGGAAGAACGAGUCGCCUUCAAGAAAAAGGUGUUUUUCUUCGUGCACCUGAUCGUACAGGAGUUCUUCGCAGCUUUUUUUGUCUUUGAUUGUUUCACAAACGAGAACACAAAAGAGCUCGGCGACUUCCUCGGUCCGGAGGACGACGAACGCACUUUACUCGAUCUUCUAAAGAUGACGGUUGACAAAGUGUUGGAAGACCAGAACGGACACCUGGACCUCUUCUUGCGGUUCCUCCUCGGCCUCAUGGUGGAACCGAACCGGAGAGUCCUUCGGGGUCUGCUGAAUCCGCCGGACUCCAGCCAAGACAGCGAGAAGAAGAUCUUGACUCACCUCAAAGCCAUCCGAAGAAAGACCCUCUCCCCAGACAGCUGCAUCAACCUCUUCCAGAACAUGGUCGAGAUGAGAGACCACAAAGUCAAAGACGAGAUUCAAGAAUAUCUCGGGUCGUCCGACGGCUCUCAAACCGAGCUGAGUCCCCUGCACUGCUCGGCGCUGGCCUACAUGCUGCAGGCAUCCAAGCAGGAUCUGGGUGUGUUGGACCUGAAGAGCUACAACACAUCGGAGGAAGGCCGAAGGAGGCUGAUCCCGGCCGUGAGGAUCAGCAGAAAGGCCAUACUUGCAGACUGCAACGUGAACGAGGCGUGGCUGAAGCAUCUGGCCGUCGGCCUCAGGUUCCCCGACAUGCCUCUGAGGCAUCUGGACCUGAGCAACAACGACCUGAAGGAUUCAGGAGUGAAGCUGCUCUGUGAGGGGCUGUCGAGUCAAUGCUGCCGACUCGAGGCGCUGAGGUUGUCGGGUUGUCAGAUCACAGGCGUCGGCUGCGCUUCCCUGGCCUCGGCUCUCGGCUCAAAGGCCUCCAAGCUGAUGGAGCUGGACCUGAGCUACAACCAUCCAGGAGAAUCAGGGAGGAAGGAGCUCUCCAAGCUGACCGACGACCCACGGUGCAAAAUCAAUCUGGAUCAUGGCGGAAGUCAACGGAUGAAAGCGGGAUUCAGGAAAUAUGCCUGUACGCUCACGUGGGACCCCAGCAGGGCCCACGAGAAGCUCCUUCUCUCGGAGGGCAACAGAAAGGUGACCUGGGUGGAAGACAAGCAGCCAGAAGGGUCCGGUUCCUGCCAACAGGUGCUGUGCCAACAGGUUCUGGAGGGGCGCUGCUACUGGGAGGCCGAGGUGACGGAGCCCUUCAACAUCGGGUUAACGUCCAGAACCGGUGGCAGGAAGGAGGAAGUGAGCGCCUGCGAGCUGGAAGGCAGCGACCGCUCCUGGUCCGUGAGCUGCUCUGACGACGGUUGUUUUGUGAGCGGCUCCUCCCUGAGCCGGCGCUCCAGCCGGGUGGGGGUGUACCUGGACGUGCCGGCGGGCGCCGUGUCCUUCUACAGAGGCUCCUCCGACAGCGGGACCCUCAUCCGCACCUUCAACGCCGCGUUCAGGGAGCCCCUCCACGCCUCCGCGGAGCUUCGCCCGCGGUCGUCUGCGUUGAUCUGUCAGCUGACGUAGAUCCAUCGGCCGAGAGGAAGUGACCCGCCGUUAGCUCGCGCGGUCGUCCUCGUACGACCGAGCGGCGACUCGGCUCAAAGGAGUCGGCAAAGAGCCGUUGCACCGGGGAUGACGUGUUGUUUUCUUUGUUCUUAGCUAAGCUUCAGAAGCGCGUGAAGAUCACGUCCUCCUCUCGCUUCUCUCCUCGGCACGAGAAGAGGCAUCGAUGCACGCGCCGCAUUGGAAAUGAACGCCAUCUACCAGCGCCGGAGUGGGGCCACUUUUCAGCCCGGGAAUCUCAGGCUCAAGACCAGCCCACUUUGUUCAUGGUAGUGGAAAUUGUAUAAAUGAAGCAACAGUUCAGCUCUUACUAUCCUGUAGUUCUUUUAUUAAUACCAUGGUCCAACAAAUAAUGUAACGGUUAAAUACAACAAUAAUAAUCCACUUAAGAUGAGAAGUUAACAAAAAAUAUGCAUAACAUUAAAAAAGGCAGAAUAGCAUAGCAGGGGUGUCAGACUCAGAUGAGGCAGUAGGCCAGAUUUGUUGGAGUGAGAACUCAUGGGGGCCGUCAUGGUCAUUAUCAUGGUCAUUGUCAUGGUCAUUAUCAUGGUCAUGGUCAUGGUCAUUAUCAUGGUCAUUAUCAUGGUCAUUGUCAUGGUCAUUAUCAUGUCAUGGUCAUUAUCAUGUCAUGGUCAUUAUCAUGUCAUGGUCAUGAUCAUUGUCAUUGUCAUGAUCAUUAUCAUUGUCAUUGUCAUGGUCAUUGUCAUAGUUAUGGUCAUUAUCAUUGUCAUGGUCAUUAUCAUGUCAUGAUCAUUGUCAUGGUCAUUAUCAUGGUCAUUAUCAUGGUCAUUAUCAUGGUCAUUGUCAUGGUCAUGGUCAUUAUCAUUGUCAUGGUCAUUAUCAUUGUCAUUGUCAUGAUCAUUGUCAUUGUCAUGAUCAUUAUCAUUGUCAUUGUCAUGGUCAUUGUCAUAGUUAUGGUCAUUAUCAUUGUCAUGGUCAUUAUCAUGGUCAUGGUCAUAGUCAUUAUCAUGGUCAUUGUCAUGGUCAUUGUCAUGGUCAUUGUCAUGGUCAUGGUCAUUAUCAUGGUCAUUAUCAUGUCAUGGUCAUAGUCAUUGUCAUGGUCAUAGUCAUUAUCAUGGUCAUUGUCAUUAUCAUGGUCAUCAUUUUUCUGCAUGUGUAUUAUAAAGUGGUGAUUUACUCCUUUACUACACUCACUUCUGAGCAAACAAUGCAUAUUGGUUCAUCAAGUACUGUCAUAUUCUGCUCUUUCUUAGAAUAUAUAACUUUAAUUCA